AUGGCUGUAUUUCGGUAUUCACUCUUAGUAACGUGUCACUCAAAAUAUAUUUACGUCGACAAGGUAUCUCGGGAUGGUGAUGACCAGGCGGCUCUCAACAAAGGUCGCUGCAACCCGAAGGAUCCAGACUGGCCGGUUUGCUUUCAUGUCUCUGGCUCCACUUCUUCGCCGCUCUUCACCGCUUACCACCUACACCAAGCUGCUCCUUUACACCUCGAUCAUACGGCCAUCCAUCCUUGUAUGGUACAACUAGUUGGCCGCUCCCCCAGGAAACCGAUCGAAUCAUUCCAAGACGGGUUCGAUUUCUAUAUAGACCCCUUGGUGUGGGGUCGAUCUGGGGGCUGGAAUACUAAGUGUGCUCAACAGGGUGGGCGGCAAUCCCUGACUCUCAUCUGGCUUCACCACCUGUUGGAUACCGGUCAAUUUGUCGGCUACAACAAUCUGUCAAUACUCGUGUGGGGUCGAUCUGGGGGCUGGAAUACUAAGUGUGCUCAACAGGGUGGGCGGCAAUCCCUGACUCUCAUCUGGCUUCACCACCUGUUGGAUACCGGUCAGAUACCACCGAAGGAGGUGGAGCCAGAGUUUCUGGCGCCGCUGGAGAAUCUGACAGUGACACAAGGUCGAGAGGUCACAUUCACUUGUGUCGUCAACCACCUGGGCCCUUACAAGGUGGCGUGGAUCAAGUCAGAUUCCAAGGCUAUUCUGGCGAUACACACACACUUGGUGGCCCACAACAACCGGCUGUCUGUCACCCACAAUGGCCACAACACUUGGAAGCUGAUGGUCAGCAAUGUCCAGAAGAACGACUCUGGAACCUACAUGUGCCAGAUAAACACAGACCCUAUGCGCAGCCAGAUGGGAUACCUAGAAGUGGUGAUUCCACCUGAUAUCUUGAACGAGAACGGUCCCGACGACUACGUGGCGGUGGAGGGUGGCUCAGUGAGAGUGCGGUGUAAAGCAACAGGAGUACCGGAGCCAACAGUCCUCUGGAGACGAGAGGACUCACAGAGCAUCGUCCUUCGAACUGAGGCCACCAGAGAGAAACAGGUAGUGCGGCAGUAUGACGGGGAGACUUUGCUGCUGACCAACGUCCAGAGGUCUGACAUGGGAGCGUAUCUCUGUAUCGCCAGCAACGGUGUCCCUCCUUCCGUCAGCAAGAGGUUCAUCGUUCAAGUGCACUUUCCCCCUGUGACCAAAGUGUCCAACCAGUUAGUAGCAGCUCCAGCAGGCAGUGAUGUGGUGCUGCAAUGUCAUGUGGAGACUUCCCCCAAGGCGAUGCACAGCUGGUUCAAAGAAACAGGUGAAAAACUGAUGCCCAGUGCAAAGUAUGCGAUGGAAGAGUACCCUAUCAAUGACUAUUCCCUCCUGAUGAACAUCACCAUCCGGUCUCUUGAGAAACGUGACUUUGGAGGUUAUGUCUGUUCCUCAGUCAAUGCCAUGGGAAAGGCAGAGGGCCUUAUAAGGCUGCAAGAGCUACAUAUCCCGAAGACGACGAUAAUGCCAAGUCCUAACUACUACGAGCCGGUGAAGCCAACAACACGCAAGAAGCCCCACAAGACGGUGCACACCAAGGAGAAGCAUCAAGGUGGCAAAAGGAAGACUCAUGGCGGCCACCACAGCGACAACCACAGUGGGGAGGACUGGGUCGGGGAGGCGGGGACCACUCUGGAGGCCAGGACCGACCCUCCGGUUCCCCACUUUCCCCCGAGCAGACCUCCGCCAUGGAUCCUCCACCACAACGAGGAUACCCGUAACCCGGUGGCCAGAGCAACUUCAGGUUUCCUCACCUUCGCCGUCACGCUGGCCAGUAUCAUGUGUUGGACAAUGUAGAGAGAGCUUUUUGCUUCCACAUUAUCAAUUUUAUUUUGUUUAUUUCCUACUUUAAUUAUAUUAGAUUGAGUAGGUCACUUACACCACGUUUUGUUGGUAGGCACACCACUAAAAUUUACUCAUGGAAAUUGCAACUGAUUGCAUGAAUACUUCAAUGAAAAAUGUGGAUUGGGGUUGUAAUAAAAAAUGGGAUGGUUAUUUUAAUUACUUUGGUGUAUUCAUAUUGAAAACCUACACAAAGCCUAUAGUUCAAGAAAGUGAACGUUCCACAGUUUUAUUAUAUAAAUACCAAAUUCACUGGAUGGUUACAAACGUACCUUUUAAAAAACAUAUAAUGAAGACAAAAACGUAUAACAAAGAUCUUUUAAAUUACCAUACUUUAGAAUUCUUGAAAAUUAAAAUCUGAGAUCUAUCAGCCUUUGUUAACAACUAUGUAAUCUAUAAAAUAUAAAAACCAGUGUGUGUUGGAAUUUCUUUACUUACGUAAAUUAACCAAAAGUGUCAUAUAUCAAUUAUUGAAUUUUUGUUUGCAUAUAUUUUAAAAUUUGUUACAACUAAGCUCUGCCUCAUAAAAUGAAUGUAAAUAGUUUUAGUGUUUGUAAACUAUAUCAUUGGAAUAACCAAUCAUAUUAUAUUAUAUUUUAUCCAUAAAAGAGCUUUCAAAGUCUGUACAUAUUGUGGGUAAAGAUCUUACUACUGAAAUAUUAUUAUAUCGAUUUGAAUUUAGGUACUUUAAUAUAAAGAAUAUUAGCUUUAUGUAUGUCAAGCAACAUUUAUACAUUCCAAUCGUGAAAUAGUUAGAUUGUUUAUGUAUGAGUUUGUGUAUUGACUGUUGUUAACAAAUAAGGAUGAAGCUCAUGUUAUGUUUUGUAAAGUUGCUCAUAAUGGUAUUCAACUCGGAUGGUACUUCAAGAAUCAACACUCUGUUACUUUAUUUCCAUUUGGUAAAUAUAUAUGAUGGUAGGAAAAUAGUUUUUUAGCACUUUGUGCUUAAUUAUUACGAUUGUUAAAAUUAAAUAUGUGCACAUCCACCACUGAUUAACAUUACGGUUAAACAAUUGAUUUUUGAUGCGACAUUCCAGGAUGCCAAGGUUGUAAGACAUGGCAAAUUGUUGUUAUCUUGACUUAGCAUUCUAGAGAAUGUCUCUUAAUUCUAAAAACAUGUGAGUUGUGUAAACAUAUGAUAACUGCACAGACACCUCAUUUAUUAAAUUAAUUAUACUCCCUGAGUGAUGUAUUUUAUUAGAGAUCGGUCUUGUAUGAGCCUUCAAAACACAAAAGUCUACACACUUUGGUCACAUAUAGUCUGAUGGGGUAUGCAAAGCAAUGAGUAGGUGCACGUGAACAUGUUAUACUAAGCUUCCAUCACAUGGCGACUUCUCAGAGAAGAUUUUGUAACUAAAGUGCAAUGAGCGUUGCCUUUUUUGGUGGAUAUUACAAAUUGCAAUAUGGCAACAUAAUGGAUAAAAUUUAGAACAUACGUUACUCUAGUGUCUCAUAUUUCUUAGCUGUCCAUAAACCUAUUUUUCACACCUCUCCCAAUGCAACAUUUAAAAAGAAUUAGACUUUUUAACGUCAAGGAUUUUUUACUAUACUCCAUGGUCCUGUUAUUCAGCUACAUGGAGGUUGGGUUUUGAGAUAUUUAGGGGCUGGAGUGUUUUGGAACCGGUUUAUUGUCAAUGAUGCCUACACAAACUUUUUCAAUAAGAUAGAAACCGUUUUUUUUAAUCUAAUUCUUUCCAUUUAGAUUAUUGAUUUAACAAAGGAAUUUAACACACACAAUAUCUGGAAUAACUAGUCAAUUAGUUAAGCAACUCUUUUGGCCACUGGUUAAUGAAAUUUUCAACAAAGUAUACCAUCUAUUAACUAAUUGAACUCCUGCUGAAGGUUCCAGGAAACUCAAUAGUACAUGGUUUGUCCUACUCAUCUAUGAAAUAAAGUAACAUUUAAAAUUACUCUUCAAUAGGAAAAUAAAAUUUAAAAUUACAAUGAUGUUUGCAAUUUUUCAAUACUUAAUUUUUGUUUUCCUACUACCAUGCUUUAUUUAAUUACAAUGCUUCAUUGACCAAUUUUUUUUAAUUAUGUAAUUCAAACUUGGUAAGCAAUCAAAUUUAAGAUUUUGGGAAUGUGACCUCUACACAUGAAAAUUGUAUUUAUUAAUUAGAACAUUAUUCUGUAACAUAGUGUUUAUCCCUAUAGUAACAAUUUUACUGUCAGAUGUAAAUGAUCUGGAACAAAAAUCAAAACUUGAAACAUUAUGUCAAAAUGAUUUUGUACCAUAUUUUUAGACACAAAAACAUUUAAUGAUGGCUAGGUGGAUAUAGUUACCAAAUAGAACAGAGAAUUUAUAGAUGAAUUAUUAUUGACUUAUAAUAUAUAACUUGACAUAUAAGUGCUAAACUUUAAAAUUUUCAGGAGAGUAACAAUAAAAACUAACACAUCUUAUAAAACUGUACCCAGCCACAAUAAGAAGAAAUACGUAAAAUGUUAUUACAGUCUUGUUAUAUUCAAUUUUAUAUGGAUUUUUUUUAUUUUAUAAAAAACUAAAAUAGAUGAAAAUUAUAAACUAACCUAACCUUGAGGAUUUAGUUGCUUUCAGCCAUUAGAAAGCCAUUUGAGUGAUAAGGAGUGUCAUUAUGGAGCAAGUUGUGAGGUGAUGAGGUACAGCUGAUGAGCAUCGCUGUAUAACAUAACACAUUUUACUGUACAGAUCCUCCCACGCCCGUAGACACCUAUAUUUGGUGUUGGUUGUUAUGUUUGAUACUAUUAUUAUAUCGUCAGGUUAGCAAUUCCAAAAAUUAAAUUUGGAAUGUAUCACAUGCUUGUGAAAGUGGUAUUUUACAAGUUAACAUGAUUUAUUAGUUUUAAUUAAUUCAGAUAGAAUAACAGGAUUCAUUUUACUUUUGUAACUAGUUGUGUUGAACUGUACUGCCAAGUGUUACUAAAAAGUGUCUAAGGUAUAUUUAAACAUUUACAUAAAACUACAGAUUUAUAUUAUCCUGGCAACUGAUACCAUCUCAGCUGAUCACUCUGGAACUAUUUUUAUCACAGUUCAAGCAUAACAUGAUCAUACAAUAAAAAAUAACAAUCUGGUUCUAGCCGGAAUUUUGUGUAAACAAUUCCAAUUGUCACAAUCUUUUAUUGUUCAUAAUGCUUAAUAUAAUAGUUACUUAUUUUGCAGUUAGCAUAGAAAUACAAAACAUAAAAUUAUGAUUCUAACACAUAUCUGUUUUAAUUUGUAUUGUCACUGUACAAGUGUCUAUAUCCCAUUUAUCAAUAUAUUUAAAAAAUAAACUUUAAACAGCUACUAUUAGUCUACUCUAACCUAUUUGUAGUUAUUUUAACAAUAUUAGUAGUUGAAGAUAUUGUGCAUUGCAAAAACAAAAUUAAGAAUGGUUUCCCCUGGAGAAAAGCUUCCAAAUUGAAAAUUUUCAAGUAGCUUUGCAACCUGUCUUAGAUUUAAGUUUUCUUAGUUUCAAGGCUAAAAUUAAAUUAGACUAAAGUCACCACUAAGAUAGCUGAUAUGAAUUCUUGGAAUUGCUAACCAUUAUCAUAGAAUUAAUAUUAAACAUUAAAAUGAUAUUGGUGUACAAAUUAAACUUUUUGAAUUUUCAAUAAAACAUAGAAAACUGUCUUCCACGAGAUAUUUUUACUAUUAUUUAUUUUUACGCUAAUCCAU